GGAAUGGAAUCUCAGCCUUUCCUGAAUAUGAAAUUUGAAACGGAUUACUUUGUAAAGAUUGUCCCUUUCCCUUCCAUUAAAAAUGAAAGCAAUUACCAUCCUUUCUUCUUCAGAACCCGGGCCUGUGACCUGUUGUUACAACCUGACAACAUGGCCUGUAAGCCCUUCUGGAAGCCUCGGAAUCUGAAUAUCACUCAGCAUGGUUCAGAUGUGCAAGUGUCCUUCGACCACGCGCCACAUAACUUCGGCUUCCGUGGCUUCUAUCUUCACUAUAAGCUCAAGCACGAAGGCCCCUUCAGGAGGAGGACUUGCAAGCAGGACCAGAAUACAGAGACGAGCAGCUGUCUCCUCCAAAAUGUUUCUCCAGGGGGUUAUGUCAUUGAGCUGGUGGAUGACAACAACACAACUAGGAAAGUGGUACAGUAUGCAGUAAGGCCAGUGCACUCUCCGUGGGCUGGACCCAUCAGAGCUGUGGCCAUCACGGUGCCUCUGGUUGUCAUCUCGGCAUUUGCAACGCUUUUCACUGUGAUGUGCAGAAAGAAACAACACGAAAAUAUAUAUUCACAUUUAGAUGAAGAAAGCCCCGAGUCCUCCACAUAUGCUGCCGCUCUCCCCAGGGACAGGCUCCAGCCACGGCCCAAGGUCUUCCUCUGUUACUCCACUAAAGACGGCCAGAAUCACAUGAACGUGGUCCAGUGUUUUGCCUACUUCCUCCAGGAUUUCUGUGGCUGUGAGGUGGCUCUGGACCUAUGGGAAGAUGUCAGCCUCUGCAGGGAAGGUCAGAGGGAAUGGGUCAUUCAGAAGAUCCACGAGUCCCAGUUCAUCAUCGUCGUGUGCUCCAAAGGCAUGAAGUACUUUGUAGAUAAGAAGAACUACAAACACAAAGGUGGCAGUGGUGGCCUGGGGCAAGGAGAGCUCUUCCUAGUGGCUGUGGCAGCCAUUGCUGAGAAGCUCCGUCAGGCCAAGCAGAGUUCAUCUGCAGCGCUGAGCAAGUUUAUCGCCGUUUACUUUGAUUACUCCUGUGAAGGAGAUGUCCCCUGUGUCCUGGACCUGAGCACCAAAUAUAAGCUCAUGGACAACCUUCCCGAACUGUGUUCCCAUCUGCACUCAGGAGAACUCAGCCUGCAGGGGCUGGGUCAGCACCCGGGACAUAGCAGCAGAAGGAACUACUUCCGGAGCAAGUCUGGCCGCUCCUUGUAUGUUGCCAUUUGCAACAUGCACCAGUUUAUUGACGAGGAGCCUGAUUGGUUCGAGAAGCAGUUUAUACCCUUCCAUCCUCCCCCUGUGCGCUACCAGGAGCCAGUCCUGGAGAAGUUUGACUCAGGUUUGGUUUUAAAUGAUGUCAUAAGCAAACCAGGGCGAGAGAGUGACUUCUGUCUAAAAGCCGAGGCUUCCGUACUUGGGGCCACUAGGCCAGCUGACUCAUACUCAUACCUGGAAAAUCACCAUGCAGGCCUGGACCAAGAUACUGAGGCCCCACCCAUCUGUGAUAGUGGCCCUGCCUUGCACCCCCUGUUGCAUGCAGUGAAAGCUGGCAUUCCCUCGGAUAUGCCACGGGACUCAGGCAUAUAUGAUUCCUCUGUGCCCUCAUCAGAGUUGUCUCUGCCUCUGAUGGAAGGACUCUCCCCUGACCAAAUGGAAACAUCUUCCCUGACCGAGAGUGUAUCUUCCUCCUCUGGUCUAGGCGAGGAGGAUCCCCCUGCCCUCCCUUCCAAGCUUCUCACCUCUGGGGUUUGCAAAGGAGAACAUGGUUGCCACAGCUACACUGAUGAACUCCAAGCGGUUGCCCCUUUGUAAAGACAUGGAAGAAUCUAAGCAACGCCACUUUAACUGCUGCUCACUCCAGUUCUCCAGCUCACCUCUGCGGUUGUGCAGCCUACUUGGAGCAGAGGGCUCACACGAGGAUAUCUGGAAGGAAAUUCUGGCCAACACUCCAUCCUUUCUGCUCUAGCCCUCUAACAUAUUUAGCAGAGUCUCCCACCUCCCAAAAGCAUGUGGAGCUCUACAGGGCAUGUCCGUUAGAUCAGGUGGCAGCUAGCUACAUGAGGUCAGUCCUUAGAUCGGAGCCUGUUCCGGGAGCGAGAGAGAAAGCAGGUAAAGAGAAGAGGAAGCACCAGCACUGUUUGUUCUGACUUCACUGAG